AUGUCUGAGGUGGACCUGGUAGUCGUCGGGGCAGGUUCUUCAGGCUUGAUCGCUACGUACACCUGGCUAAAGUUCAGCCCGGACUCGAAUGUGAUUAUUUUCGAAAGCGACACCGAGCUCGGCGGAGCAUGGAGUCGCAACCGUGUCUAUCCCACCCUGACAACACAAACGCCAGUGGGCAUGCUAGAAUACUCGUGCUUCCCCAUGGAGCAGCCGGAGAAGACCUUCUACGGGCUGUUCUCUGGAGAGCACAGUUGCGAAUAUCUCGAGGCGUUUGCUUUGAGCAUGAAGUUCUCGGGAAAGAGCUUGAAAGAGCGAGUGAGGUUCUCAUCUUUGGUGACGAAGGCUCAAAGACGAGAGGGGAUGUGGGAGGUUCAUACCGUCGAUGGACUGCAGGCUCGAUGCCGGAAACUAAUUGUGGCGACCGGAGCGACAUCCAUCCCUCAUUUACCUGAGCUUCUGAACCAGCCUCAGCCUGUUCCCGUUGUUCAUUCCAGAGACUUGGCCAGAAAUGCAGAAUUUCUGAGCUCUGACGAGGUCCAGCAUGUGGUUGUCAUCGGUGGAUCAAAGUCAUCGUUCGACGCGGUAUAUAUGCUGAUUCAAGCCGGCAAGUCAGUCUCAUGGAUCAUCCGCCCUGGUGGACAUGGGCCCGGGCUUCUCGCAGCGCCAGAAGGUGCAGGACCGUUUCGAAACUCAAAUGAGAUCCUGUCACUUCGACUAAUCUCCAAGACGAGCCCCUGCGUCUUUGAACCUGGUGACCGGUGGGUGCGGUUCUUCCACCGAUGGCGAUUGGGUCGGUGGAUUUCAAACGCUAUUUGGAGUCACGUCGAUUCUCAGUGGAAAGGUCCUGCCAAGUAUGAUCGCAGCCAGAACAUGUCCAAGUUAAAACCAGAUCGAUCGGCAUUCUGGGGUUCAGAUAAUGUUGGAGUGCGAAAUACAGUUGACCUCUGGGAUACGGUUGCAAAGGCAAAAAUUUACCGCGACGAGGUCGUUCGAAUCAAUGAGAAGUCUGCAGUCCUGUCAUCCGGUGAAAUGCUGGACUGCGAUGCGGUGGUUGCGUGUACAGGAUGGGAUCUGUCGUAUCCAAUGUUCUCGAAAGAGGAUGCCCUUGCACUUGGCCUACCGAUGUCGGUCAGAGAUGUGCCACCCGAGAACGUGGAAAAGUGGAAUAGCUUGGCGGCCGAAUCACCUGUACCGGUCCAUUGCUCCCAGAUACAAAGUCUCCGGGCGGUUGCUUACCUGACGAAUGAACUGAAGCUUCCGCCCGUAGAGAGGAGGCGAGAAGAAGUUGCUUCGAGGAUCGCUUGGCGACGUCGUCGAUAUCUCUCGGAUGGGCAUGUCAUUAUAUUUGACCAAAUUCCUUACCAGUCCAUGCUAGUCCGGGAUCUGGGUCUGAAAGACUCGCGAAAGGGUGGAGGUUGGAGGGAAAUAUUGCGACCAUACUAUCCCAAGGACUACUCCGGUCUGAUGGAGGAGUAUCUGAUGUCCCGUUCCGUGAAAAGGUGA